UAAAUAAUAAUACCAACAGAUUUUCUUCUAUCGUAAAUACAAGAUUCUCUGUUUGUUAUUCUCUGCGUCGGCAAACACAUACUUUGCAAUCAGGACUACAUUCCCAGAUCAGUAUUAAGAUUAGGUCUGUUUUUUUUUACCUGGCUGCGUUAGUUCAGAGUUCAUCUUUUUCACUCCACAUUGGAAGAAGAAAGAUAAACUAUGAACUAGUGUAGCCAGUUCAGGUAAAAAAAAAAAAAAAACCUAUUGGAUUGCAACUCAUCUAUCCAAUCAGAUCUUAUUAUCGGAGAAUCGACGAAUAAUUAGAGUUAGUUCAACUUAUCGCUCGCGUAAGCCGCGUCCACAUUGUCCAAUCGCAUUGAUCAUGUCUGGUAAAUCGACCAAUGCGACAGAACUUCGUAAACUCGACCUACGUUCGCUGAUUGUCGCGAGCACUAAUGCCCAAUUUCUUUACCUUUGAUAAGUUUUCAAUAACUUGAUUUAAAAAAGUAUAUCUUUUUGUAUACCUUUAUCUAGAAGAUAACUAUCUGGAGAUAUGAAGAAAUCGAGCCUAAAGUGGAACUUCCUCCAAAAAAGUUUAUAAACAUUACUUUGUUCUUUUUCAUUGAACUAGCUGCAUCAGUUCAGAGUUCAUUUGUCUCACUCUAUAGAGAGAGGCUCUUGAAAACACAACUAUACUGCGUUCAAUUUGAGAAGAGAAACCGAUAGGAAGAAAACUCGUUCGUUUCGCAGAUUCGAUUUUUCCUACUAGAAAGUCUCUCCAAUCCACAGCCAUUAGACGUCAACAAGUCGAGACGUUAGCGUGUCGCGCCAAUCCACGCGCAACAACGCUAUUCCCACUUUAUCCGCUUUUCUUCCGCUAUGCGCAGUAAAAUUUUAUUCUCAAUAGAAGAAAAGUGGGAAAAGUGAAAAUAACGCCGCGGCUGCCGGCCAAUCGCUAGAACUUUCUAAUAGUAGGUUAAGGUUAGGUUAGGUUAGGUAAUAGUAGAGGAGAUGCACAGAAAAGGAUAAGAUUUCGUUCUUUCGUUUUCUUCUCUUCUCUUUGAGAACAUUCGGAAAGUGAACACUGGUGAACACCGAACCAAGCGCAUCGAGUAGUGAAAUACACAAAGGAAUUAGAUAUUUUAUUAGUUAUACAUACAUUGUUUUUUAACAUUGUAUCAGUUUUUGAAGUUAGAAAAAUGUCGAUGUAUAAAACUCAACGCAAACGGAAGCAACCGGUGUGUCUUAAUCCAAACGGGCAUUUCUGGAGUGAAGAUUCCAAUAAACUUGGCCAGAAAAUGUUAGAGAAAAUGGGUUGGUCAAAAGGAAAAGGACUAGGCAUCAAUGAACAGGGUAUUACUGAAAUUAUCAAUGUUGUACAGAAAAAUGAUAGAAGUUGUUUAGGAUAUUCCAAAAAGCAAGAAACUGAUAUAUUUCAGAACAACUAUGACUUAUUGUUAAAGUCAUUAAAUUCUAAGAACAAUGAAGAAGAUACUUCUUCAUUGAGAGGAAGUAAAGAAGAUUACUUCGAUAAAAAGAUGAAAGAACGCGAAAAGAAGUUAAACAAAAGUUCAAUCUGCACAUCUCACAACAUGGAUAGUUUGGAAAGUGAGAAGGAACGAGUUGGAUUUGGACUUAACAAGAACAAGGAGAAUAUAUUACUUCAUAAUUUUAGUGAAAAGGGUAAUUAUGCUUCUGAAGAACCUCUCGUAAUAACAAUAGAUAGUAGUAGCUCUGAUAGUGAUUCUGAUUCUGAUUGUCAAAUACUGUAUCCAAUGAAAACAAAGAAGUUCAAAAAUGACUCUUUGCAUGACACUAAUAAUAUAUAUAACUAUAAUGAUAAUAACACUAUUGAAAAAUAUAGGGCUAGUAAAACAUUGAAGAGCGUUGUUGUUGUUACUGAGAGUUGGCAAAAAUUUAUGAAUCAAAGAAAAUAAUAGUGAAUGCUAUACAAUAGACAGAUAUCUAAUAGAGUACCUGAAUUCAGAUUUUAUCAAUAUUAAAUGUAACAUUAGAGAAAAGCUUGUAAUAACAUUGCUUAAGAUAAUAGUGAUGUAAUUAGAUCUUAAAAUGUUACUUUCCAGGACAUGUGAUAAAUCUUAGAUCUAAACAUUAAUGUAAGGUUUUGCAAUAUUAAAUUUAAGAUUAUUAUUUACUUAAAUUAAUACUGUUAAUUUUUUUAUUUUUGACAUGUCAGGAUAAUACAAAAACUGAUAGAAAAUGUGUACUCUUUUGUAUUUUAUUUAAAUUUAAUUUUUUUGACUUUAUUCAAUACAAAAAAAAAUUAUCAAGUGCUUAUGCAAAAUUUAUAAUAUAAACAUAAUAAUAAUCUUAAUAUAAAAACAUUUGAAUUCAUAUUGCAUUGGACGACUG